AUGAAUGAGUUAAAAAUUAUUUGGUUCUUCAUUGCAUUGGUAGAAACUGUUUGUUAUACGGAAGCUGUGGACAGAACAGUGACUACUAAAGUAGGAUCUAUUAAAGGCAAAAUUGUUACAGUCCAGUUACCUGAUGGAACAAGUAAAGAAAUAGCAGAGUUUUUAGGAAUUCCAUACGGUGCUCCUCCCGUCGGUGAUUUUCGUUUUGAAAAACCUGUUCCUGCUGCUAAAUUUAAUCAACCAUAUGAUGCGUUAAACUAUGGAUUACCAUGUCCCCAGCAUUACAAGAUUGACAAUAUCUUUACUAUAGCACCGCCGCCAUUGACGAGUGAGGAUUGCUUAAAAUUAGAUAUCUAUUCUCCACAGACGAGUGUAUCUAACAUAUACCCCGUCAUGCUUUUUAUUUAUGGUGGAAGUUUUACUAAAGGACAAUCAUCGACAUACAGUGGUCAGAAUCUGGCAGCGUAUGGGGAGGUUGUCAUGGUAACAAUCAAUUACCGUGUUGGGCCUUUUGGAUUUUUAUCAACGGGAGAUGGACAGUCAACGGGAAAUUAUGGUUUAUGGGAUCAACAUUUGGCUAUUCAAUGGGUGAGGAAUAAUAUUGAUAGUUUUGGUGGGGAUGCCUCGCGUAUUACCAUAUUUGGUCAGUCUGCUGGUGGAGCAAGUGUUGCGUUUCAGACACUUUAUUCAGGAAAUAAAGACAUGUUCCAGAGAGCUAUAUCAGAAAGUGGACCCGCUAAUGCUGAAUGGACAACAAUCAGCAAAGAGGAAGCUUACAUUAAUGCAAAUUUCUUAGCAUUAAAAUUUAACUGUACAAUUCCUCAGAAACAAGCAAGCAGAGAAAUUGUAAGAUGUCUGAAAUCCGUCAAAGAUUUCUCUUUGAUGGCCAGGUAUGCAUCUGGUGACAAUGAUUUUAAAUGGACACCGGUUGUAGACGACGAUUUCAUUAAAAGUCAGGAAUUACAAACAAUACACCAACAGCCGCCAUCUUCCAAAGCUUUUUUUCAAAACUUCGACAUGAUUAUCGGCACCAAUGGUUAUGAUGGUCACUAUGUUAUGAGUGCGCUGUACCCAGCAGUAAUAUCUCAAAUGAAAAUGGUGCCAAUCGGAAUGUCGAGGACAAUAAUGCGAGGUGCAUUAAUGAACCUCAUCAAACCUCUAUCACCCAACAAUAAAACGCUUGCAGCAAUGGUGGACGCUGCGAUGUUUGAGUACACCAAUGUGGAAAACCCGCAUGACAGAAAUUUUAAUUUGAAACAAAUCAGUGAUUUUGCGACCGAUAAUGUCUUUUUCAUAGCAGCGGCGGAAGAUGUCACCAGCCAUGCGUACAUGAAUAAUAAAACUAAAACAUACCAAUAUGAAUUUAAUCAUGCGUAUCCAGUUCUUCCUCCCGGAAACGAAUGGCUGCAAGGAGCGACGCAUGGAGGUGAACUGCCCUUUGUUUUUGGUUUCCCUUCUUCCUUGCCAGGAUAUUCACCUGAAUUAGCCAAGAUGACGUGGCCCUUUUCUAAGAUAGUUAUUGAUUAUUGGACAAACUUUGCGAAAACAGGAAUCCCGAAUAAACCAAGAAAUGUUGCCACAGAAUGGAAGGCAUAUAAUCCUAUGGAUGAAGAUUAUCUCUACUUUCCCAUGACGGGAACCACAGAAGCUGGACGUUAUUUAAAUGCUCGUAGAAAAAACUUCUGGUUAAAUUAUUUACCUCAGAUUGUUAGACGGGGAUCAGAAUCGUAA